AACUAGAGGCAGCAGCAGAAGUGUACACACAAACAUAAAUUGUCCAGAACUACGUUUAGGGUUUGGGCCUUUGUGGCACGAUACUAAAUCUAAGAGUAGUCUCUCCUAGAACACGCCCGCACUUCCGCGAAGCAUCGAUGAGGCAGAACAAACAGCAAAGAUGCCGAAGAGUGUGGAAAAGGACUUUGUGUUUAACUUCAGCAGCAGAGGCCUCUCCUCGCGGCUGACAGUUCCUGUUACAAUUCCACUGAGGUCCUCGGCGGCAGAGUUUGUUGGUCGUUUGAAAACAAUGCACAACUUGCCAUGCAAUAUACUUGAUGAGCUGGAAGCUAAGUUGAGUGAAUUUGUACUGAAGGAAACAUGCAAGUUUUAUGAUCAGAAUGGAGAGGAAUGCACAAGGCUGAAAACAGGAAAAAGUGAUGUCAAGAUUUUGACUGACCGUUGGAUCAAAGCUUACACUCGGGAGGUGAAAGAUUUUGCUUCUGUUGAAAAGAAGGAUGCUGAACAUGCAUUUCCCAAAGUUUACCACACUCUCAUCCACUCACCGGCACUUGAGACACUGCUUAAUCUUGAACAUAUAUAUGCUUUGUCUAUGGAGAAUUUAACUCAGCAGAGAGAUAGAGAUCUUCGGCGUCUGGAAGAGAAACAUCAGCUAGAGAUGGAGGAGGCUUUGCAGCAUGUUGGGGAAAAUUUCAAAGAUGAUGACAUCAAUGUCUUGGCCCAGAGACACUUUGACAAUAUGCAGAUGGUUGAGGCUAAGUGGGCAAAAGAGCUAUCAGAACUACGUGAGGAACAGAAAAGAGAGUAUCAUGACUGGGUGCACAGAGUGUACGAGGACACCCAGACUGCCAGCACCCCUCCUUAUGUUAACCGCAUGCGUAAUGUGACAACUGCCCUCCCGGCUGCAGAAGAUGAAGAAAGACAAGUUCAGUUGUCACGUUUAGAGGAAAGUUUUACCAUACACCUAGGUGCACAAAUGAAAACAACCCACAACUUGCGAUUGCUGUGUACCCAUGUAAUGGACUUAUGCCGUCAUAAACCACACACUGUUGGGGGUAUUGUUGUACCACAGCCACAGAGGCUACAAACAGCCAUGUCCCUCUACUCAAAUUCUUUGUGUGGUCUUAUACUCCUGGUGGACAACAGGCUUAACUCCUACACGGGCAUUAAGCGAGAAUUUGCAGCAGUCUGCGAGCAGUCAACAGAUUUCCAUUUCCCAGACUUGGCGCAGCAGCUGUCAGCAGUCGAGACAGCUCUAACACAGGCCAGUACUGUGCGAGCAUCACGACAACAGCAGCAGCAACAAGAGACUGACAGUUCUAGUGUGCACAGCAGUGGCAGCAACAGCAGUGGGUCUUCAGAAAAUCAGGAUAAGUCAAUGGGUGCAAGACUGCACACUGGUGAUUUCUACCUCACAAAACAUUCCAAUUUGUCAGAAGUACAUGUGGUUUUUCACCUGGUAGUGGAUGAAAAUGUACGGACAGGCGACAUCACCUCACGCCACCCAGCCAUUCUAAGCAUCCGCAACAUCAUUCGACUGUGUUUUCGUUAUGACAUCCAAACACUGACUAUACCACUCUUGCUGACACACGAGAUGACAGAGGAAAUGACCAUCCCAUGGUGCUUGAAGAGGGCUGAACUGUUGUUUAAGUGCGUGAAAGGAUUUAUGAUUGAGAUGGCCACCUACAGUAGCCUGGUCUCUCGCACAAUCCAGUUUCUAGUCCCAAGGGGGAUGUCAGAAGAAAUGUUUGCCCAGAUCAGCAACAUGUUACCAGGCAUAUUUCGCCUAUCUAAUCCGCUGGUUGUGAAAUCAACAUAAUGUUGAACCCAGAAUCCACCCACCCAUGCGAUUCCACUAUUCUAUUCUACCAAGACAUAAGCAAGUGUAUGCAUUUGAGGUGUUCAGCAUUUUAUCAUGCCUGCUGUUUUCCUCACAUGGAUGGAUGUACAAGUCAAAUGGAUGUGUUGUGCAAGUGCAAAUAUAUUGAAAUUUUUUUUUUUUUUUUGACCAAGAGUUCCCUGGAGACUUGUGGCUAUAGAAUUUACGUGCCUAUGAAACGAGUUAUCACAAACACUGUCAAAUCUUCUUCAUGUUAUAGUUUCAACUCAUUUUCACAGGGUCAGGUCUUGUCAACACUGUUUCUGUUUAAACCAUUUUUUUCAAUAAAUUGUCUUGCAUUGUUUCGAUA